AUGUCAACGACAACUCGGCAACGCGGGCUGCUGCUCCUGAUCCUGCUCUCCAGUGUUAGCAUUGAGGCCCAGCAGCUGGUCUAUGCGCGUGAUCAGCGCUCGCUGUAUGGGCCCCCAGCAUUGGGCUGGAACAGCAUAGGUGGCUUCAGUCCCCUUGGCCUCGGUCACAUGACUAAGGAUGAGCUGUUGACACUGCUGGAGGCCUGGCAGGAAGUUGAAGGCGAUGCAAGGCCACCAGUAGAGGAACCGGCUCCACGGCCGCCAAAGCCACCAGCGCCACCCCCACGCCCACCACCACCGCCACCGCCACCGCCACCGCGACCACCAGCACCACCACCAGCGCCGCCAGCACCACAGCCACCACGUCCCGCACCGGAACCCGGUGCACCGGUUAACGUUCGCCUACCCGCCUUUGUGCCCAUACAACUUUCGGCUAUGUUCACACCAUCGCAGGCAGCUGCAGUUGGAGCUGGUGCUGGAGCAGGGGCAUUAGAUGCUGGAGAUGGGGAUACUGUUGACCAGGACAUGGUUGUCCAGUCCGUUGAGGCUGCCUCGCCGCGCAUAUUCCGCUUCAUGCGCCUGCCAGCGGCAGCUGUUCAGCCGAGAGCUCGUGCCGCCCAACAACCACAAGUUCAGCGUAAUACGCUGGAAAGUGUCGACGCUGGCCUGGCACCACUUGCCAGUCUUUUGCAGGCCAAAUCUAGAACCAAUCCUUCUCUGGUUGCACAUCAAAAGUCUCCAGUUCGACCCAGAUUUGUGCUGCCUCCGCUGCCCCACAUGGCCAAUGCGCCAGGACCUCUCGAGCUGGUGCCCUCAUCCCAGAUCAUUGGUGAUUGGCGGGAGUAA